AUGUGGAGAAGAAUCUGCAAGUUGAAGGGCCUUAGUAGGGCACUUUGGGAUGAUGACAUCAAGGCCAUCAUAUUAGACCAAGACCACUAUAAUGGCCAUUUGAAGGAUCACCCCAAAGAUGGUGAAUUCCUCAACACCCCUAUUAGGUUCUAUGACCAGAUGGAGGCCAUCUUUGGUGGCUCCAUGGCUAUAGAAAGGUUUGCUUUAGGCUCCAAUGAAGCACUUGGGGUAAACAGCAACACAAUUGAUAGUGCAGCAGGCAAGAUGGUGGACACUUUUGUGGGCCAGCAAGUGGAUGAGAAGGCUGAGCAUGGGGAGAGAAGCAAGGCAAUAGAGCUGCUAACCUCAAAUGUGGGUGGUAAUAGGAAGAGGUCCUACUUUACUGAGGAUGAGAUGUUGCUCAUGAACAACAUGACUGAUGUUUUCAAUAAUUUGGCAAAUGCUUUGAGGGAGAUUGGGCUUGCUCGGGUGGAUGCUGAUCUAUACCAUGCUAUCAUGGAUAUGCCUCGAUUCUCAAAGGAGGCCAUCAUUGUUUCCUUUAGCCACCUACUGGAUAAUAACUCCCAAGGUAAGGGGUUUGUGAGCAUGGUGGAUAGCCAUAGGGUUCUCUGGUUUAGGACUUUUGUAGCCAAGAACUACUACAUCAAGGCUACUUGUCUACAGCAAUGA